AAUUGCAUACGGCGUGCCUGUUUGUUGCUAAAGUUAAAUUUAAUUGAUAAUGGCACACGACGCGGAACAGUACAUCAAGGAUAUACAGCGUGAAUAUCUGGACUUCCUUGACGAUGAGGAAGACCAGGGCAUUUAUGCUGGUCAUGUUAAAGACAUGAUAGCUGAGAAAAGCAAGCGUCUAGUGGUCAACAUCAACGAUUUGAAACGCAAAAAUGCUCAGCGCGCCAUGGGGCUCCUCAGUAAUGCAUCCGAUGAGCAGCUGGCAUUUGGGCGCGCACUUAAAGAAUAUGUAUCUACGGUAGAUCCCAGCUAUGCCAAGCACCACGAGGACUUCUUUGUGGGCUUCGAAGGCUGCUUUGGCAAUCGUCAUGUAACGCCGCGAUCCCUAACAUCGAUCUAUCUGGGUAAUCUGGUGUGCGUGGAGGGCAUUGUAACCAAAGUUUCGCUAAUACAUCCGAAGGUAGUGCGCAGUGUGCAUUAUUGUCCCACCACAAAGAAGGUACUAGAGCGCAAAUAUACUGAUCUAACUUCGUUUGAGGCAGUGCCCUCCAGCGCUGUAUAUCCCACAAAAGACGAAGAUGGCAAUCUGCUGGAAACAGAGUUUGGUUUGUCUGUCUACAAGGAUCAUCAAACGCUGACCAUACAGGAAAUGCCAGAAAAGGCGCCCGCGGGCCAGCUGCCACGUUCUGUGGACAUAGUAUGUGAUGAUGAUCUGGUCGAUCGUUGCAAGCCCGGUGAUCGUGUACAGAUAGUGGGCAAUUAUCGUUGCCUCCCCGGCAAGCAUGGCGGCUACACUUCCGGCACCUUUCGCACCGUACUCCUAGCCAACAACAUCUCGCUGCUGAGCAAGGAAAGCAAUCUGGACAUUUCACGCGAGGAUAUUAUGCUCUGCAAGAAACUGGCCAAGAACAACGAUAUCUUUGAGCUGCUCAGCAAAAGCCUGGCGCCCUCCAUACAUGGACAUACCUAUGUGAAGCAGGCCAUACUCUGUCUGCUGUUGGGCGGCGUCGAGAAGGUGCUGCCCAAUGGCACACGCCUCCGUGGCGACAUCAAUAUACUGCUCAUUGGCGAUCCAUCGGUGGCCAAGUCGCAGCUGCUGCGCUAUGUGCUCAAUACGGCUCCACGCGCUAUACCGACCACAGGACGUGGCUCCAGCGGCGUAGGUCUUACAGCUGCCGUGACCACAGAUCAGGAGACAGGCGAGCGACGUCUCGAGGCGGGCGCUAUGGUCUUGGCCGAUCGCGGUGUCGUGUGCAUUGAUGAGUUCGAUAAGAUGAGCGAUAUUGAUCGCACAGCUAUACAUGAGGUUAUGGAGCAGGGACGCGUUACCAUCUCCAAGGCUGGCAUACAUGCCUCACUUAAUGCACGUUGCUCAGUGCUGGCCGCUGCCAAUCCUGUAUAUGGACGUUACGAUCAAUAUAAGACGCCCAUGGAGAACAUUGGAUUGCAGGAUUCGCUGCUCUCACGUUUCGACUUGCUGUUUGUCAUGCUGGAUGUUAUAGACAGCGAUGUGGAUCAAAUGAUUUCAGAUCAUGUGGUACGCAUGCAUCGUUAUCGCAAUCCUAAGGAGGCCGAUGGUGAGCCGCUCUCCAUGGGCAGCUCCUAUGCGGAUUCGCUGGCGUUUGUGUCGAACACGGAACAGAAAAAGGAAACGGAGCUGUACGAGAAAUAUGACGCUUUGUUGCAUGGCAAAUCGCGCAAGCGUCACGAGAAGAUCUUGUCGGUGGACUUCAUGCGCAAGUAUAUACACAUAGCCAAGUGCAUGAAACCCAAGCUGACGGAGCAGGCCUGCGAGGCCAUUGCCAAUGAAUACUCGCGUCUGCGCAGCCAGGAAGCCGUCGAAUCGGAUGUGGCACGCACACAGCCCAUAACGGCACGUACGCUGGAGACGCUUAUACGUUUGUCCACCGCGCAUGCGCGUGCACGCAUGUCCAAGACGGUGACCAUUGAUGAUGCGCAUGCGGCCAUAGAGCUUGUGCAGUAUGCCUACUUCAAGAAGGUGCUGGAGAAGGAGCGUGGCAGCAAGCGACGUCGUGCAGGCGGCUCUUCGGACGAGGAAGAGACCAACGAGGCCAAUGCUGCUGAAGCAUCACCCACGCGUCGUAGCAAGCGCACUCGCACCGAUCCCACCGAAACUGCUGGCUAUGACAGCGAUGAGGACAUUGAACCGCCACAGCCCGAUGCGGGCGAUUUAACACGCCGCGAAACGCGUCGCUCGCUGCCGGCGCGUGGUGAACAGCUCACCGAAUCGACUAGCCAGAGCAGCUCGGAGGCUACCAGUGCUACUCCCAAUGCACCAGCUACCAUUACUGAUGACCGCCUGGGCGCCUUCAAGAAUGGUCUGCAGCGUCUCUUCCGCGAUGCCCGCGAGCAGAGCCUGCCACUGGCUCGCAUCACUUCGGCCAUCAACAGCAACAACCCUGAGCCGUUUGCUGCCACCGAAAUCGAUGCUGCCAUGCAUCGCAUGACCGAGGAUAAUCAGAUCAUGCUUGCCGAUGACAUUGUAUUUCUAAUUUAACUUAUUGCAGCUAUGCCAUGCCAGCGACAUAUUUCUCAAUUCCAUGCUCAUUUAUAUCUAUAUACCCAAAAUCUGUUUAGCGCAUAAG